AUGUCAAUGAUUGAUUUUGAUAAGAUUUCAACAGGUUUAAAUCGUACCUAUGAAAGUGAUAUAUUACAGGAAUUGGAUAUGGUAGAUACUCAACAUUUUGAGAUGCCAGCUUGUAAACCAGGAGAUUUCUUGGAACAAGUAUGGGAUCAUCCAAAUGCACCAAAACCAAUUGAAAUGGCACACGGUACAACUACAUUGGCAUUCCAAUAUGCAGGUGGUGUUAUUGUAGCAGUAGAUUCAAAGUCAACUCAAGGUUCUUAUGUAGCAUCUAGAACCGUAAAGAAGGUAAUUGAGAUUACACCAUACUUGCUAGGUACAAUGGCUGGUGGUGCUGCCGAUUGCUCCUACUGGGAACGUGAGCUCGGUCGUCAAUGUAGAUUAUUCGAACUUAGAAACAAAGAGAUGAUUUCAGUUGCCGCUGCAUCAAAGAUUCUCGCUAAUAUUGUAUACGGAUAUAAAGGUUACGGUUUAUCAAUGGGUACAAUGGUUACUGGAUGGGAUAAAACUGGACCAUGUUUAUAUUAUGUAGAUAGUGAAGGUACUAGAUUGAAAGGAUUGAGAUUCGCAGUUGGAUCAGGUUCCACCUAUGCAUAUGGUGUUCUCGAUUCUGGAUUCGAUUGGAAUAUGACCGAUGAGCAAGCCUGUGAAUUGGGUCGUCGUUCUGUAUAUCAUGCCACACAUCGUGAUGCAAUGAGUGGUGGUUUUAUCAAUGUUUAUCAUGUACAAAAGGAUGGAUGGAAGAAGAUCUCAUCAGACGACUGUUUCCAAUUAUAUCAAAAGUAUUACAAUGUCAAGGCUACUGGUGUUGACCCAAACAACAACAAUAACAACUAA